UGGAAUCGCGCACGCAGGAACGAAGGUGCGCCACAUAUGAAGCAGUGCGAGCUCAGGGCGCAACAUCACGCGCGCACACACUCACACGCGCGUGGAAAAAAAAACACACACACACACGCUGCAGCUCCACUUUGACGUCUGCUGCAUUUGUUGCUUUUUUUCCACCCCGUUCCGACAAUCUUUCGGACUGCGAAAAACAGAGGCAAAGUUGAUGGAUUUUCUCCGAGGGUUUCUUCUGGUUUGCUGCGGAUGAGUACGGCUCGCGGUGCGGGAAUGGCGCGAUAAAAGUCACCAGCAACUCUUUUUUUCCCCCCCCCUUCUUCUCCCCGCUCACUUUGCUGUGCAGCCGACUCGUCAUGUAUUCUCCAAUUUGUCUUACUCAGGAUGAGUUCCAUCCCUUCAUCGAGGCCCUCCUGCCGCACGUCCGCGCCAUCGCCUACACGUGGUUCAACCUGCAGGCCAGGAAGCGCAAGUACUUCAAGAAGCACGAGAAGCGGAUGUCCAAGGACGAGGAACGUGCCGUCAAGGACGAGCUCCUCAGCGAGAAGGCCGAGGUCAAGCAGAAGUGGGCCUCGCGGCUCCUGGCCAAGCUACGCAAGGACAUCCGGCAGGAGUACCGCGAGGACUUUGUGCUGAGCGUGACGGGCAAGAAGCACCCGUGCUGCGUGCUCUCCAACCCGGACCAGAAGGGCAAGAUCCGCCGCAUCGACUGCUUGCGGCAAGCCGACAAAGUCUGGCGCCUGGACCUGGUCAUGGUCAUCCUCUUCAAAGGCAUCCCCCUGGAAAGUACGGACGGCGAGCGCCUGGUCAAGUCGCCGCAUUGCACCAACCCAGCACUUUGCGUCCAGCCGCACCACAUCACCGUCUCCGUCAAGGAGCUGGACUUGUUCCUCGCCUACUAUGUCCAGGAUCAAGACUCCCAGCAGUCAGGAAGUCCCAGUAACAAUGAGCCAGGCAAGAACCCUCUUCCAGUCUAUUUGGAAGACAGCUUCAUCAAAUCGGGAGUGUUCAGCGUUGCCGAACUGGUGCGGGUGUCCAGAAUGCCCAUCACCCACGGUGCGGCGGUCAACUUCUCCAUGGCGGACAUGCCCGGGCAACCCUACUACCACGACCUCAACUCCGGCGUGGGGAUGCACCGCUCCCUGUCCUCCCCUCCCGGCAGGUCAGCAAGCUCGCGACUCGAGCGCACUCCGCAAAGCCCCUAUCUCGCCGAGCGGCAAAGCAAAAGGCCCAAAACCGUCAACCUGGAGGAGAACAUGGACACCAGCCCGACCGGACCCGACUUCUACUCGUCGCCCAGCUCGCCGGCCAGCGGUCGGGCAAACUGGCACGACCGAGACGGAGCAGACAUGUCGUCCCCCACCAUGAAGAAGCCGGAGAAGGCCAUGUUCAGCCCCACCUCCCCGCAAGACUCCUCGCCGCGAAUCAGCACUUUUCCUCAGCCUCACCACCCGGGCCUGACGGGCGUGGGACACAGUGUUAUUUCCACGAGGAGCCCCCCGCCGCACUCGCCGCUGCAGUUCUCCGCCUCGGCCAUCCUGCCGCCCGCGCCGUCGUCCUACUUCCCGCACACCACCAUCCGCUACCCGCCCCACCUCAACCCGGCCGACCCGCUCAAGAGCUACGUGCCAUCGUACGACCCGUCCAGCCCGCAGAGCAGCCAGCCUAACAGCAGCGGCCAGGUGGUGGGCAAAGUCCCGGGCCACUUCACGCCGGUCCUGGCUCCCUCCCCGCACCACGGCGCCGUGCGACCCGUCUCGCUGUCCAUGCCCGACACCAAGCCCAUCACUACGUCAACCGAAGGCUACUCGGCUCCCGGCACCCCGACGGCUAACCGAUUCGUCGGCCUGAGCCCGCGAGAUCCCGCCUUUCUGCACCAGCAACAGCUGAAGAAGUGUGACUGGAGCGUGACUCCAAACGGCAGGCAUUACGGCCCCAGUGCCGCUGACGACACUUUGGGGAUUGCUUGGCAAAGUCCUGGUACCUGGGCGAGCUUAGUUCCAUUCCAAGUGCCGAACGGGACGCCGAUUCUGCCAACAAAUGUCCACCAGAACUACAGCAUAAGCAUCAUUGGUGAGCCGCUGGUGCCCGCCGAGACCGGGAACUGAGGCUGGAGCGCUGCUUCGGAGGAGGUGUGCUUUUGGCUUUGGGCUUUUUUUUUUGCCGGGGGGGGGGCUGAAACCAGCAAAUGCAGCAGCAGCUGUACAAUCUUAACACUCUUCCCAAACGACCCCCUCGCCCGCUUUUGCCUGGGCCGUGAUGGAUGCUGAAGGAAGGAAAGAAGCUUCAGGUGCCCCCCCCCUCCUUCCCCCCCCCCCCUCCUACACUCACAUCACACACACACACACACACAUACAGUAUACACGCACCAGCCAGUUGUUGUUUGCAGAACUUUGCGAUGCAUUCAAAUACUGUGAUGUACAGAUGCCUUAAUGUUCUACUGCAUGACACUCAAAACGUGUGCUUGGGAUGACAAAACAAAACUUUCAGAGUGCUUCGUGGUGGAGCCGGGAGAGAAGCAAAGUGUCCAUUUGUUCUUUUUCUUCCAACCGUGACGAGCGUUAACUACUUGAGAUUGGAGCCCUCGCUAAAAAAGAAAAAACAAAACAAAAAAAAAAAGAUGUUUGAGCCCUUUCAAAAAGGAAGAGCGAUUUCCAUGGAGGCAAGUGCAAUUGAAUUUUUUUUUUGAAGGGAAGUUAUCAGUCUGUCCGCCCUCAGACUCUAAAGGAAAGGGGGAGAAACAUGCGACGGUUGUAGGAGCAAAAUGUUGCUUUUUUUUUUCUUUUCUUUCACAAUUUGAGUUCAGUCCCAUGCAAUCCCAGCAGCAACACCAGCACUUGUUUUUUUUUUUUUUUUAAUUCCGUGCCCCUCCCCAAUUGUACAGGGACACAUUGCAUUGUUUAGCCUUUUCUUAUUUAUAUCUUGGAAAAGGGGAGACGAGCCCUUAGAGAAUGAAAUGAACACAUAUACUGUGUUUACAAAACAAACAAAAAAAAAAACACACAUUUUGGACGGUUGGCUUUGAAAGCGAAUGUUUACAAGAGGAAGAAACCCGUACAUUGACGGAAAAGUCCGGAGAAAUUGUCAAUCAGUCAGGCGGUGGCAAAAAAAAAGAAAAAAGUGGCGCUGACGGCCAUCUUCACUUCAUUUGCACGACGAUACGUGACGUCCACAUGACGUGCCUUUUUGCAUAUCUCCCCAUACACACGCACACACACACACAUUUUGCUCUUUCAUCAUGGUAGGAACACACAGAGUUGACAUUUGAACGAUUUUGUACUUACGUUUUUUUUUCCCCGUUCCACCGCAUAACCCGGCUGUGUAUAGUCACGUUUGUAAUCGCUUUGGGUUGUUGUUGUUAUUUUUUUUUUUUUUUUAAAUGUUUUUCAUCCCUCCAGUAUUCCCCCAACGGCUUUUCUAAUAACCUAUCAUCUUUCUCUCCCCUUUCGGCGCUCAUUGUCCUUGAAUUGAGAAUGAUGACAAUUAUGCAAUACCAAGUUUUGCCUAUGUAGGUAGUGCUUAUAGACGACGUCAAAUAUUAGAGGCUAGUUUGGAGAUAGACGCUAUUGUAAUGCAUUUAUUUUCUUGAUCUACUUGUUGAUGUUGUUGUUGUUGUGGGUCGUUUGGCCAUUCUUUUUUUUGGGGUGGGGGGGGGGCUGCUGUCUAUGCAGUGUACGACAAGCUCUUCUCUUCUAGCUUAGCUUCAGAACAUUUUGAUUCCUUCACGUCACGCACGUCCGUGCUGUUCCUUCAGCUGCAAAGUCAGUCACUUGUCAUUUUUCUAUUCGCUUCCGGAGAGACAACUCGACUUGAGGCCAGGACAAUCACACUAAGACAUCACACACACACACACACACACUGGUCAUUUGGAUGCAAUUCCCGAGUAGAUGCCUUAGCGGUGGCGAGCCGCGGCCAUGCCACCUGCGCAACAAUCACUCACAGCGACCAAUCCUGGCGAGGGCCCGUCUCGAUGGGUGUCCGUCGACUGUACAGACGUACGUCGUCCGUGCACGACCUGCGCCGGGAAAGCAAUUCCACUUCCGAGAAAUGACGAUUAAUCACACUUGUGACAGUUUGUCCGCUUGAUGAAAAUCUGGACAAAGUUCCGGCUGUGUCGUUGAUGCGCAAGUUUUGCCUUCAUUUGGUGCUUUCAUUCAUGUUUGGUAACAAAUGAAAAAAAUCUAGGUCGGCAUUUUUAGGAUAUUUCUGUCGGUGGUGUGAAUGAUUUUUUUUUUUUUCUCCAGUGGGAAAUAUGUGCCUUGGCUCAAUCAAAUUUGGGAAACACUGCUCACCGACAUUUGGCCAUCCUCCUCCUCCCGUCGAAGAAACAUUUGGCACUUAAAUAGCAUCUGGGCAAUCCCUCCUCGGUGUUUCCCAGCCAAAUCUUUCGGGCCUUACGGGGCCCAAGUCAAUCAGCGCAACGCCCGUUGACACCUUUUUGCACUCCUCCCCCUCCCAACUGCGAAAGCAGGACGACAAAUCCUCAAGUCGAGCUGCAUCUCCCCGACUUUUUUUUUUCUUUCUCCCAGUGACGGUCGUUUGUGUGUUUGUGUGUGCGAGUGAAGAUGAUGGUCUUCCUAUAGACAAAAAAAGUUUGUACACUGUAAUCCUUCCUGACAGUUGAACGCCCUUAUUUGUAAAUCUUCCAAUCAGGGCGUAAAAAAAUGUGUCAAUUCCAUUUUUGGAAAGGAAAAAAAAUAUCCCAGCCUGAUUUGGAGUUAGAACUCCCUGGAUGAAUCCAAUGUCAAGUAUUGAUGUCUUAGUGUCUGUAGUUUAACGUAAGGGGGUUCUGAUCGUAUAGACCACAGGUGUCAAACUCAAGGCCCGGGGGCCAGAUACAGCCCGCCACAUGAUUUUGUGACAAAUUGUGCAUAAUAUUCGUGUGUCAUGACUAGAAUUGCAAAUUGUCUGCGCUUUUAAAAAUCUCUUUUUUUUUUUUUUUAAAUAUUUGACCAGUUUUGACUCGUCUGAUUUGAAAACGAGUUAUUUGUCAGUUUGUUUUAGAGCUUAUACUGUAUAUAAUACGAGGUGCUCAUACAUUUAUUUGGGUUGACAGUCAUAAAGGAACUAUGAGUACAAUGCGGCCCGCGAAAAAAAAUUGUUUGACACCCCUGGUAUAGACGAUGAGCCCCUGACUCUUGCCGAGUUACUGACCCCCCCCUCCCAAUAAAAAAAAAAAAACCAUGAAAUAAAUGCCACGUGGUGGCGAUAAAGCAACUUCAACUAACUUCCUUGGCACCAAGAGAGUGGCAAAGCACUCUUUUGGUCCAAAUGAAACUCCUCAACUGAUACGAACAUAGUUCCUUGGUACUAUAAUGCCACAAGAUGGCGGCAAAGCCCUAUCUUUGACGAAGCGAAGCUCCUCAAUUUCAUGGCAACAGUUGUAAACUGUGAAUACGAGCUGGGGUUCACUGUAUCAAACGACAAUGAAGUUUUUCUCGAAUGACGAUUUUUUUUUUUUCAACUUGCUUAAUGCUGGUCGAUCUUUCAGUGUAAGAAUUGUUCAUUCCUGUGGGUGUGAUGUGUUUCUUUUAUCAUGGGGGGAAAAAAGGGUGCGAUUUCUUAUCCGACCAGACGGCGGCGUGGGUGUGUUACCAGCUCCCCCCCCCCACCCCCACAAGAUUGUACGAAAAGCAGGGUAAAAAGUAAAUCAAACGUCCUACUAUCAAAUAGUUGCCGAUGUUUUGUUUUUACGGAAUCGGUGCGAUUUCCCCAUUGGCUCUUGACAAUGUUCCUUUUUUUCCGACUCGCCGGCCCGCCGCCGCCGCCUGCCCCUCCUCUUUCCCGUGAUGCACUUUUUUUGCGAGAGUGAAAGCAUGACCGCAAGGUAGCGUCCUUUCCGGUUCUUUGGAGUUGCCGGGCAGGGUCUGAAUGUUGAUCAGUGUUCAGUGGCAACCUUUCAAGUAUUAACACGUUGGCCGCCGUAACUUUUUUUUUUUUAUGCAAAACACGUGCAAUCGCCCUCAUCCAACUUUCAAGCCACGGCAAGGGCUUGUACCUGCAGGAAGUCUUUCUCUCUCUCUCUAUCUUUCUCUCUUUGCGCUCUCUCAUCAACCAGCAUUUUCUUUUUACCGCCAAAUCAAGACGAGCAAUGCAGUGCCUGUUCCAGCUGUGCGACUUGUACAUACAUGUAAAAUGUGACAUUGAUUUUCUUUUUUGGGCGGAGCUUCUUCAUGUCCAAGCAUGUCAGCGCACAUGAAGCUUGCUUUUAGUUUUGAAAUGAGAACAAAGUUUUGUUUUUUUUUUUGUCAUUUUGGUAGUUGUUUGGGGCAUUCUUUUGAAAUGCAGGGCAGGACUUGUGGCACUUUUACCCCCCUCCCCCGCCCCGCUGGCCCCGCCGGCCCCGCCCCGCCCCACUGGCCCCGCCCCCUCUUGUGCGCACGCAACAACAACAACACCAACGAGGCGUUCCGUAUUCCUAUGUAUUGAUCGUAAUUUCGCUGCGAGUGUGCGCAAAAGGUCUUUGUAUGUAUCUGAAUGUACGUUUUAGAGGACUUUUUUUUUUUUGCCCUUGUUUCAUUGUAGGAACCACAAGGUGUCCGUUGUGAACUGUACAGGCCUUGAUGCCUCCCUUAUCUUUUUAUUGAUUUUUUUUUUUUUUUUUUUUGGAAGCGACGCCUUUCGGUCGGUUACAUUUGGUGCAGGGGUUAAAAUUGCCACAAGAUUAAAAAUCAGUGUAAAUAAAGGCUCAACUUUUUUUCUUUUUUUUUUGUGAUUGUUACUGUUAUAUCCAGCCUAUACUGCUAGCAGCUGUUCUUACUGCAGUCAAUUACUGGAAGUGGAUAUAUUUCCUAUGCAAAAACUGUUUAAACAAUAAAAAUGAGCUAUGCUACAACAA